GGUUGAUAAACGAGAUGCAUUUUAUUAGCUGACCGCCAGACGGACGAACGGACGCGCAGACGGGAAGUUGUUUUAGAACCAAAGGAUGCCAAUCACAGGGACGGCUCACAGCCUUAUUUGCUAUCUAGUCAAAUAACAACACGCACAGGUGAUCCACGCUGCCUGUUCAAGGUUUGAAAAUAUCCGAAAACUGACGGAAAGAAACGAAGAGUCAGACUCCGGCUAGCACCCGAGGGAAUGACCCGGGCGCUCAAUCGGCCUCGGGUGUUGCCGGAAAUGGCCGACGACCGCCGUCGGCUGCGGGGCGGGACGGGGGCGUGGCCGGCUCACGGCACGCGGAGCCGCUUCGGGUGUUCUCCGGAAACUGCCGAGAGCCAGCUUGCAGUGGGCGGGGAAAGGCCUGUGGGCGUGGCUGGAGUACCCGGAGUGGCUUCGUGGAUUUCCGUAAACACAGCCGAAACCCGGUCUUCGGAAUCGAGGAGGCGCGCGCGUCCCCGGGGUUACCUUCUUCGGGUGUUUCCGGAAUUCACCCGUAGUCCGCGGCCGGGAGGAGGAGGCGCGCCCCCCUCCCGUUCCCAGCCGCUUCGGAUGUUUCCGGCUGCUGCCGGCGGAAAGAGCCGAGGGCCGGCGGUGGUGGCGGCCAUGUUGGGAGCAGCAGGUCCGGCGGCGGUUGCCUGUGUGCCGGGCGCGGAGCAGUGCCGUUGAGGGCAGGGGAGGAGCGAGGCGGGCGGCCGGCUGCGGCGGCAGAGAGUAGGCGGAGCGGCGCGGCCCGGCCGAAAGGCGGCACAGCCCAGCCGGGGGUCGGGGGGGUGCGGUCCGGAGCCGCUCGGAGCCGGCGCGGCCUAGCCCGAGCGGCGCAUCCCCGGGCUGGCGUGAGCGGCUGCCCGGCCUCCCCGCACCCCCGGCCGGGGCCCAUGCGGCGGGUGCCCCUGCUGUGAGAAGCCCCGCCCGGCCGGGCUCCGCGCCUUCCCUUCCCUCCCUUCCUCCAAGCUUCUCGGUUCCCUCCCCUGAGAUACCGGCGCCAUGUCCAGCGCCCGGACCCCCCUACCCACGCUGAACGAGAGGGACACGGAGCAGCCCACCUUGGGACAUCUUGACUCCAAGCCCAGCAGUAAGUCCAACAUGCUGCGGGGCCGCAACUCAGCCACCUCUGCUGACGAGCAGCCCCAUAUUGGCAACUAUCGACUCCUCAAGACCAUUGGCAAGGGUAACUUCGCUAAGGUGAAGCUGGCUCGGCACAUCCUAACUGGGAAAGAGGUAGCUGUGAAGAUCAUUGACAAGACUCAGUUGAACUCCUCCAGCCUCCAGAAACUCUUCCGGGAAGUAAGAAUAAUGAAGGUUUUGAAUCACCCCAACAUAGUUAAAUUAUUUGAAGUGAUCGAAACUGAAAAAACUCUCUACCUUGUCAUGGAGUACGCCAGUGGAGGAGAGGUGUUUGACUACCUAGUGGCUCAUGGCAGGAUGAAAGAAAAAGAGGCUCGAGCCAAAUUCCGCCAGAUAGUGUCUGCUGUGCAGUACUGUCACCAGAAGUUUAUUGUUCAUAGAGACCUAAAGGCAGAAAACCUGCUUUUGGAUGCUGAUAUGAACAUCAAGAUUGCAGACUUUGGCUUCAGCAACGAGUUCACCUUUGGGAACAAGCUGGACACCUUCUGUGGCAGCCCUCCUUAUGCCGCCCCGGAGCUCUUCCAGGGCAAAAAGUACGAUGGCCCCGAGGUGGACGUGUGGAGCCUGGGUGUUAUCCUGUAUACACUGGUCAGCGGAUCCCUGCCUUUUGACGGACAGAACCUCAAGGAGCUGCGGGAGCGGGUACUGAGGGGAAAAUACCGUAUUCCGUUCUACAUGUCCACGGACUGUGAAAACCUGCUUAAGAAAUUUCUCAUUCUCAAUCCCAGCAAGAGAGGCACUUUAGAGCAAAUCAUGAAAGAUCGAUGGAUGAACGUGGGUCACGAAGAUGAUGAAUUAAAGCCUUAUGUGGAGCCACUCCCUGACUACAAGGACCCCCGGCGGACAGAGUUGAUGGUGUCCAUGGGUUACACACGGGAAGAGAUCCAGGACUCGCUGGUGGGCCAGAGGUACAACGAGGUGAUGGCCACCUAUCUGCUCCUGGGCUACAAGAGCUCCGAGCUGGAGGGCGACACCAUCACCUUGAAGCCCCGGCCUCCAGCUGAUCUGACCAAUAGCAGCGCCCCUUCCCCCUCCCACAAGGUACAGCGCAGCGUCUCAGCCAACCCCAAGCAGCGGCGCUUCAGUGACCAGGCUGGUCCUGCCAUUCCCACCUCGAAUUCCUACUCUAAGAAGACUCAGAGUAACAACGCAGAAAAUAAGCGGCCGGAGGAGGACCGGGAGUCAGGGCGGAAGGCCAGCAGCACAGCCAAAGUGCCUGCCAGCCCCCUGCCCGGCCUGGAGAGGAAGAAGACCACCCCCACCCCCUCCACGAACAGUGUCCUCUCCACCAGCACAAAUCGAAGCAGGAAUUCCCCACUUUUGGAGAGGGCCAGCCUUGGCCAGGCCUCCAUCCAGAAUGGCAAAGACAGCCUAACCAUGCCAGGGUCCCGGGCCUCCACGGCUUCUGCUUCCGCCGCAGUCUCUGCGGCCCGGCCCCGCCAGCACCAGAAAUCCAUGUCGGCCUCCGUGCACCCCAACAAGGCCACUGGGCUGCCCCCCACGGACAGUAACUGUGAGGUGCCGCGGCCCAGCACAGCCCCCCAGCGUGUCCCUGUCGCCUCCCCCUCCGCCCACAACAUCAGCAGCAGUGGUGGAGCCCCAGACCGAACUAAUUUCCCCCGGGGUGUGUCCAGUCGAAGCACCUUCCACGCUGGGCAGCUCCGGCAGGUGCGGGACCAGCAGAAUUUGCCCUACGGUGUGACCCCAGCCUCUCCCUCGGGCAACAGCCAGGGCCGGCGGGGCGCCUCUGGGAGCAUCUUCAGCAAAUUCACCUCCAAGUUUGUACGCAGAAAUCUGUCUUUCAGGUUUGCCAGAAGGAACCUGAAUGAACCUGAAAGCAAAGACCGAGUGGAGACGCUCAGACCUCACGUAGUGGGCAGCGGAGGUAAUGACAAAGAAAAGGAGGAGUUUCGGGAGGCCAAGCCCCGCUCCCUGCGCUUCACGUGGAGUAUGAAGACCACGAGCUCCAUGGAGCCGAACGAGAUGAUGCGGGAGAUCCGCAAGGUGCUGGACGCAAACAGCUGCCAGAGCGAGCUGCACGAGAAGUACAUGCUGCUGUGCAUGCACGGCACGCCGGGCCACGAGAACUUCGUGCAGUGGGAGAUGGAGGUGUGCAAACUGCCGCGGCUCUCUCUCAACGGUGUUCGAUUUAAGCGGAUAUCGGGCACCUCCAUGGCCUUCAAAAACAUUGCCUCCAAAAUAGCCAACGAGCUGAAGCUUUAACAGGCUGCCAGGAGUGGGGGGCCACGGAGGCGGGCCAGCUGGACUUCGCUGCUGGGGCCGGCCGCUCCGCCCCACCUGGGCGAGACUGCAGAGAUGGAUCGGUGUGUCUCCCCCUGCUGGCACAUCUCCCCUCCCCGCCCUUCUCAGUUUUUUCUUCCAUGUUUGUGGGGGAUGGGAGAUGGCUCUUUCCCCCCCACAUUUACCCCUGCCCAGAAGUCCCCCCCUUCCCCCCUCGCUCCCACAGGAGGCAAAGGAAGGGGAGGGAGGGUGGGGGGGCAGGGCUCCCCCUCGGUACUGCGGUUGCACAGAGUAUUUCGCCUAAACCAAGAAAUUUUUUAAUACCAAAAAGAAAAAAGAAAAAAAAAAAAAUCCCAGCGGCCACCUUUCCUCCCUGCCCCAUCGGGACAGUUGAGACUGGAUCUGUGGGGUUUCCCGGGAGGGUGGCUCAGGGCUGGAACACUCUCAGGCAAGAGUGGUGGAGUUCCCUGUCAGGCCCUCCGCCAGGCCCACUUUGGGCUUCUCCCCUCUCCCCCUCGUUCCCCUCCAAGCAAACCACCAGAGGUGGCCUUCCCCUGACCUCAGGCCCCUGGGCUGGAGGCCUGGGCGGCUGGGGGCUGGGGCGGGGGUGCUGCGCAGCCCUGAAGCAGGUGGGGCUGGCGGCGAGGAUGGGGCUCGGCCUCCCUCCACACUGUAUCCUCUGCCCCUCCUUCCCCCGAGCUGGGCAUUUCCUUCCACGAGCUGCUGUGGGGACUUUUGUCCCCCUCCUCAAAAGUCUGUGCCAUCUUCUCCCAUCCCCUCCCGGGUAGAAGGCGGGGCUGACCCCAGGGCUGGGAGAGGGGAGGGGACUGCAGGGCAGAUGGGCUCCUCGGCCCCCAGGGGGCCGCCUGGGCUGCUAGUCUCCGGAACAGGGACGCUGGGCAUUCUCCGUUAUGGGAGAGCCUUUGUCUGAAAGCACAGCCCCCGCCUUUCCUCCCCCACUGCUCCCCGUCAUUGGCAUUAAUCUAGGCACCAGCUAGUUCCAUAGCAGUGACUUCCCUCACCACUCAUCUCGGCCUUGCCUCUUCUUCCUGACACUGUCGCCCCUCCUCUCAGGAGACACUGCCCAGGGCCGCCUGGCGGGGCUGGAUGGGGCAGCGGGGGCCGGGAGCCUCUGCCCUCCACGGGGUGGGGGGACAGCUAGGCCAAGUGAUGCCCAGCUUGCCAACCUCCACGGCCAGUGUGGGAGUGGCUGGUGACGGGCGCUUGGCUGGUGGCGGCCGCUGCAUCCCUUAAUUUAUUUCUCUGCUGUUUCUGUUCUUGAGAAAUUGGGGGAGGGGGUCCUGCACAGAGGCUGCCCCCACCCUCACCUGAGUUGUACAUUUUUUUGUGAUGGGUUUUAUUUUUUAUUUUAUUAUUUUAUUUUUUUUGAUUUAUGAUGACUCCACCCCUACUCAUCACCCCUACUCCCAGGCCAGGCUCCGUGGCAAGUCGAGCCCUUGGGUCCCAGGAAGGGGCCUCGCCAACCUCAGCCCUCCUGCCCCAAGCCCCGACUGGACUGCGGGCUGCUCCGGCUCCGACCAAGGGCUCCCCCUCCCUUCCACCCUCCCUCCCUCCCCGCUCCUGCCCUAUGGAACAGCCCGGGUGCUCCGAGGGGCCCGGAGGGCAUGGCUUGGCUCCCAAAGGGGGUGGUGGCCGGGGGGGCUCCCAGGCAAGGUGGCCCCUCCCCACCCAGCCCCCCCCUGCACUUAGUUUCUCCUCUGGAUCAAACACGUAAUAAAGAGAAUGUUUGGAAUCUGA